UCAGUUUGUUGUCAAAUUGUAAAAUGGCAGUCGCUACGGGAGUCGGUUUGUGAUGCAUCUGUAAAAAAAUUUAACGAGAAACACUUGUUUCGAUUGUGUUAAGUGAUUAAAAGUGUGAAAUGAUAAGUUUUGGACUAUUCGCAUCAGGUAACAAUCACUAUACGUUUAAAUACGGCAUUAUGUACUGAAGUAUACGAGAUGCAGAUCAGUGAGGCGGCCGGCGGGGUGCCGGCCCUGGGUGCCGAACCAUGUAGAUUUCCUAAACUAGAAGAAUGCGCCCAUUUUCACUACGAGAGGGUGCAAUUGCCCCAGUUGACCGUCACCCUGCAGACCAACAUGGACCAAUCGCUGCACUCGCAACAUACUAAUGACGAUACCGAUGUCGAGUGGUUUAUGGUGCAGGUUACUUCGGGAGAUGCCUGUUGGAUCAUUCAAAGAAACUUCGAAAAUUUUCGGAUGUUAGAUGAUCAGUUGCAUCAGUGUAUUUUCGACCGGAAGAUUUCUCAGUUGCAAGAUUUGGCCGGUCAGUCUCUCAACGACGAAGAUCUUGAGACAAAACUUAUCGUCUACCUGGAACGUUUCAGUAAAAUAGCCGACAAUUCGGUAAAUUGUGGUCCUGUGUUAAAUUGGCUUCAAAUGGACAACAAAGGACAUAGAUUGUUGGUGCCGAGCGAGGAAAGUCGAUCGAUCAACACGCCGGCCGUAGCUGCCGCUUACAGUGUGCGUAGAUAUGUCUCGCAGGCUCGAGAUGAAUUGAAUUUAGAAGUAGGUGAUAUGAUUUCCGUCAUUGAUAUGGCCAGUCCAGGAGAAUCGAUGUGGUGGAGAGGAAAGAGGGGAUUCCAAGUGGGAUUUUUUCCGCAACACUGUGUUCAUAUCAUCGGAGAUAAAGUACCGAGAAAUAUGCCUCUACCGCCACCUGUCGUUGGGUCUUUAGCAUUAACACCGAUUAAACCAGUUUUGAGAAGACACGGUAAACUGAUCACAUUCUUUAGGAGUUUUAUUUUGAACAGGCCAUCCAGGAGGAGAUUGAAACAAUCAGGAAUUUUGAAAGAGAGAGUAUUCGGUUGCGAUCUCGGGGAGCACCUGCUCAAUUCGGGCAAUGACGUACCGAUGGUGUUGAAAUGUUGCGCCGAAUUCAUCGAGAAGCACGGAAUCGUCGAUGGAAUUUACAGAUUAUCCGGAGUUACUUCAAAUAUUCAGAAACUCAGAAAUGCUUUCGAUGAAGACAGAAUACCUAAUUUGUGUACAGAAGAUAUUCUGCAAGAUAUUCACUCGGUUGCAUCUCUUUUGAAAAUGUACUUUAGAGAAUUACCAAAUCCGUUAUGCACUUAUCAAUUGUACCAAAGUUUCGUAAACGCUGUACAAGGUUGCAACACUGCAAUAAGAAAUUCUGAAUCUGAUCACGAUAGACUGUUGAAGAUGAGAGAAACCGUACAAAAACUUCCUCCGCCACAUUACAGGACUCUGGAGUAUUUGAUGAGGCAUUUGGCAAAAGUAGCCAAGAAUGGAGCGAGCACGGGUAUGACAACUAGAAACGUUGCCAUAGUUUGGGCUCCAAAUCUAUUGAGGUGCGAAGCUUUGGAAGUAGGUGGUGUGGCUGCUCUGCAGGGGGUUGGAGUACAGGCGGUAGUGACGGAAUUUUUGAUCUGUUACACCGAUCUAAUAUUCUGUGAUCAUUUACCUAACUUAGAUCAACCGACUAUGACCAACGAAAGUUUAUUAUCGAAGAAAUGUCGACCUAAUAGCCUAGCAAUUUCGACACCAACAAAAUUGAUAACAUUAGAAGAGGCUAGAAAUAAACAUUUACCAAAUAAAAAUGAAGAUUGUAAUUAUAUCGAAGUAGGUGGAGGACCAAAAAAUCUCCCGAAGAAAUACCAUACUAUCAUAGAAUUACCAUCAGGUGCCAGAAAAAGAGGUCACACUAAACGGUCUCCAUCGGGUUGGAGAAUGUUUUUCACGAAAUCUAGGAACCAAACUCAAGGAAACGUUUCCAAAAAUCGAAAAGCUUCUACACCAGUUACUAUGAAUGAAAAAUUUGUCACGGAAUCUGACCUGACCGAAAUGAAAAGAAAAUUGAGGUCAGUAAAAUCAGCAGAAAGCUUAACAUCAGGUCAUUCGGAACCGGCUAGCUGCGAAGACGUUUUAGGACCUCUACAUUCUUUACAUAAACCUACCGGUCACAACAGGUCAGUUUCCCAUGAUUCGUAUUUCGAUACACUUCAAAAUUCACAGAACAAUUCCGAAGGUUCCUUAUUGGAUCUCAGUGAAAUUCAAAUCAACUUCGAAUUAGAGGAAUCAGAAAUGAGAAUAUUUUCAGAAGACGAGAGUCUAGUUAGUUCACCUAGGAUACAUAAAGAGACACAACGACGUGUCCUAACGCGAGCUAGACCAGAAGAAUAUAAUAGCGCUACUAAUUCGGUGAAUCCCUCGCCUAAAAAACAACCUCGUGUUGUGUUAUCUCCCGAAUCUCAUACGCGGAAACGAACACGAUUAGAAGACCAACUAUCCGAUAUUCAGUACAUCGAUUGUAAUACUCCAGAUAACGUUGUCUCCACUACGGCUGUGAUACACCCAUUUCCAGAAAGUCCCGUUAUCCAAACGAACAAACUAUUCGAUUCUUAUCAACCUAAAAAUAAAUCUCCAAGAAACUCGGAUAAUUUAGAAAAAUCCGGUAAACGACAAUCUUUAGAUAUAGAAAAUAAUACAGUAAAAAGUGUCGUUCCCAAAUCGCUCACCGAUUUGGAUCUCACUCAAUCGUAUUUAGGCUCCAACAGUUUAUUAACAACUCCAACGCCUGAUUCACCGGUAUAUAAACAAUUAGGCGAAAGUAGCGCUAAUACAACACCAGCCAUUUCUCCUACUUACGAUAGUUCUUCGGAAAGUACUUUCCAAAAAACUGAACUGAAAUCGCCUACUUCCAAAACUCACAAUUACGAAAAUAUCAAAACUACUAUAAGUAUAACUUACAGAUCGCCGCCGCGUAGUACUCCAGCGUCACCUUUAAAACCGCCAAUCGGUAAUAUAUACGAAAACGUGAUAUUAAACACAGAAAAAGUUGAUAUACCCACGUCUACAGCUUCGCUACCUAUACAAGAAGCCAGUUUAACCGUAAACGGUGAAUAUACAACCGACAGACCUAAAAGUCUUAGCGCUUUAGAAGAUUUAACGUCCGUUAAUGAUUCUACAAUAAAAAAUAAUUUAAGUUCCGGCGCUGUUUGUAAUACCAGCGAACAAUAUUCCCUCGGUAGCUACAACGAUCAAAAAACUUUUAGUUCAAAUCAAUCCAGUACAUCUAAUAUCCAAUAUACGGCUAGUAUCAGCUCUGCCCCUUAUCAUCAUCACGUCGACAAUUCGGAUCGUUUCAGUCACAGUGAUCUAAGUCUAAGCGAGGUAGUAGAAAGUUCCUUAGACAACUUAAGCACUAGUCAGACUUCGCUUAGUUUUCCAGCAAGUCCUUCGAAAAACAGCGCUAGUCCUAAUGUUAGUCCGACGCAGAUCUACGAUUGUUCCUCGCAAGAAAUAUUAACACCUCUCACUCCAACAGAAACAAAAAAUACCAGCGAAGGUCUCAGCAUUGAAAAUUUAGAAAACUUACCGCCGGAAGGUGAGGAAUGUCCAGUAAAUUUAAUCGAAUUCAGUCCUACAGAAAGUAGAUUUAGCAACAACGAUAAAAGAAAAUCUGAUGAAACCGAAUCGAUUGACGAUACAUCUAUUUAUCAACAAGUUAAGUACUUCAGAAGAUCCGUACACGAGGUGAACGCCUUAUUGGACGGGGAAAACGAAAAAAUAGAUGAGGAUCAAGAAAAAAACGGAUUAUUAGUAAAAAACGAGUGCCCAGAAGAUACUUACGACUCGUUAGAAUCAGAAAACGUUCAUUUAUAUGAAAAUAUCGAUGGUGAAAGUAUGAGGAGUGUAAAUGUAUAUGAAAACGUAGAGAUCAAGACUGAUAAAGAAGAAAAUGAGGUGAAUGAUUCUGUUUGUACAGUAGCAGAUAAGAAAGAAGAAGUAGAUAUUAGUAGCGCGCCUGGUGAUAAUCCAGUAUUACAUUUAGAAGAAUCUGAUGAUAGUACAAAUAUCUCCAAUUGUCAUAGGUUAAUGAAAUUUUAUGAAAAGGAUAGUUUACCGCCUUGUUUGCGCGCCAGGAAUCUCAAACAUCAAAUUAAAACGCGUUCUUUGGACGAAGAAGCGUUCGAAAAAGAAUUCGGUACGAACCGCAGUCGAAGAACUUCUUUCGAUGAAAGAGUCGGUCAUAGAAACAAUUCAUUGAGCUAUAAAACGAAUUCGCUGCCUAAAACGUUGAAUCAACCUAAAUCGUUACCUUUGGACGACGGUAAAGUCGAUUCGUUGCAUUUGGCACAUAGUUCGGAAAAUAUCAACACAAAUUUAAGUGAAGAAGAACAACAGAAGAAGAGAGAAAGGAUAGAGAGGUAUAAGGAAGAGAGAAGGAGAAUUUUACAAGACAGAUAUAGGUCGGAGUCGUUCAAAGAAGACAAAGAAGUUCUUCUAACCCGUCUACGUAUAUACAAACCCAAAGAAGAAACCAUCGAAAUAUCGAAGAUCGUCGAGGUCGAGCGUCCGCCGCGCCAUCGAAGACGUAGCUCGCGAAGCGAAGACAGCGACGGUCAAGAACCUCCCACCAAGUUAGAAGAAUCUUUACGGUUGGACAAUUCUUCUAAAAUAACCUCGAGAUUCGAAGAAGACGAAGAAACCGUUAAAGAAAAAUCGGACUCGACGACGUUAGUUGCCGAUAAACCGAAAACGAUGAAGGAAAGUUUGAAAUCUCGAGCGGCGAUAUUCGAACAAAACACACAAAAAAUCUCCCCGCCAACUAGUUUAAUUAUACAGAAGAACAGACCGUUGAAACAAACCAAAAAUAUACAAGAUGGUAGAGAAAAAUUCGUAAAUUCUUUAGAGAACCGUGAAAAGUUAAAUUCCGUAGAAUAUCGGGACAAAUUGUACGGGAGGAUAGAAAAAAAGGAGAGUUUGGAUGAGGAAUUGAAAGAUUUGGAUUUUAUUAGACAUAAAAGAAGAGACGGUGAAAUUUUAAAAGAGAAGAGGCAUACUUUCGAUACUAGGGAAAGGGAAACAGAAGCCGAAAGGUUGAGGAGGAUUAGUUUGGAUAGCAGAAGCCCAAGAAAAGAAAAGGCAUCACCAACGUACUGUAUUAAGGACAUGAAAGCUAUUUUUGAAUCAAAGUCAAAACAGUAACUGUUAAUAAAUUAAUUUAAAAUAAAGUAUUAGAGUUUUUGCAAAUUCUAUAAUAUAGCAAAUUGACCAAAUGUUAUUUACUUUGUAAAAAUGAACUUCACAUUUAAUGUAUAUAUAUUUUUUAGUGUUUUUUAUUUUGUAUGGCCUAGUUAUUUGAUUUGUACGAAAAAUUUUUGUGAUUUAUGAUGACGUAUAAAUAAAACAUGGUUUGUUUUAAGAUACUCCAAAAAAGUGUAUAUUUUGUAUCGUUCUUUGAAAAAUUACAUCUUCAACAACUUUACUUUUAAUUAUGGUGUUUACUCAUCCAGGAACUUGUUUGAUGGUAGAUGUUACACACACGGUGUUUCUUGCUCACUCAAUUUAUUUAUACAUUACAGAAACAAUCAAUUAUGCACUAAACUACUCCCUAUUUAUUAUAAUUAUCCACUAAGACUUCCAUCCAAUUAUUUACUGUCUUUUUCGCUGAUAUUUAUACAAAAAGAAUUUCUCGUUAAUUCGGUUCUAGAAUGUAAACAUACAAAAAGGCCUCAAAUAUUUCCGCUUUAUUUUCACGCAAUUUGUACCCAGCGCAACCACCAAACUUUUGAUUCUAUUAAAAUAAUCAAACAGGACUGGAUUCAUGUCGUGGACGAGUUCGUAACAUUUACUAUUUUUUGUUAUGAAGAAAAUUGUUAUUGUAUAAAGAACUACAAAAUAUACUCUUAUCAUUUUGGUAUUUGGUAUAGAUUAGUCUACAAAUUGUUGUGUACUGCCAAACCAUGCAAGCUUUAGAAAAUCUGUAAAACUUUUAAAGUUUUUUUAAGAAUUUUUUUAUCAAACAUUUUUAAGUAGCGAUCACUGAGGGACGUAGCUUGCCCUAGAGGUGGACCCUGUAUUAUGAUGUGUUGGGGGGCCCUUCAAUCUAACUGCAGAGAAGUCCAAAUUUUAAACAAAAAAAAACAAAAGCGCUGGUAUUAAAUAAUAUUUUUUUUCAAAUUUUUUAAUUAAAUCUAUAGCUGUGGAUAAUAUUUCAUGGUUUUAGGGGGGGGGCUGUAGUCACUUAUAAAGUUACUUCAAUUUAAAACUGAUUUUUAGCAAUAUUAGUUUUUAUAAUAGAAUAAAGUAGGGGCACAAAUGAGAAAUAUCUUUUAAAUAACUUAAUUUUUAUUUAAAUUUUUUAACAAAUAAACUUGAUAUUUUGUGACUGGUAUCGCCUAUACUGUUAACAAGGGCUUCCGUUAUAUUUGUAUCAGUGUACAUUGAUGGUAUUCCCUGUAUAUGAUGUUUUGGCAUAAUUGAAAGUUCAAUUUCACUUUGAAAAUAAAAAAAAAAUAGUAGUGCAAACUUAAGUUAGAUAAAUUUUACAUUUUGAAAUUAUAUUAAAAUGAAUUUUCAAAAUUAAAAAAAAUUGUAGUAUAUACUCUAGUUGAUUUCUAAUGAAUUUAUAGAAAUAGUGCACAUUAUAUGUACCUAUCAUCCUCAAAAAGGGCUUAGACUACAUUUCUUUUUAGUUUUUCUAACCCAUUAUACCCCUGACUUGUCUUAAAUAAUUACCCGAUUCAAUUAAUCAUCACCCCACUAUUAUCUAUAAAUAUUUUACAUAAUUCAUCACAUCACUUAAGUAUAAUAAGAACGAAAAUCGAAACAAAUUUAAUUCCAAAGUAACCGAAUAAAAUAUAAGUUGGUAUAUCUAGAAUCAAUUGUGAUAUUCAUGCUACUGAAAACACUGUUUACACUAAAACUAUACCAACACUUACAAUUAGAAUGUCUGAAAUGUGUUUCGAUAACCGAAUUUUCAUCUUCAGAGGUAAAAUUUGGUCUCUGAAGAUAAUAAGUUAUCGAAACCCGCAUUAUGAGUGUUUUGUGGGUAUAGAUGAGGUAGGUUUUGAUAAUGAGGCCUAGUUGAGAGAAAUUUUAAAUAAAAUUAAAAUUAUAUAUCCAAAUCAAUCAAUUUCCAUAUUAAUUAUAUCUAUAGAAUUAUUAUAAUAAAAAUAUAAUAGUAACUUUUGCUGUAAACGGAGGCAAAAUGAAACAUUAUCAAAAAUUCGAACUUUUUAUACUAUAGUCGGGUUAUUAGGUGUAAGAUUAAUAAAGUCUACGAUUUUAACUCAAAUAAACAAUAUAGGUGACUAAGAUAUUAAACAGGGUGUCCCCAAAUUCGACUACCAACGCUCUAGGGGAAAUUCCUUUGGUCAAAUUAUAUCUAGGGAUAGGGAACUUAUGUCCAAACGCAUCCUUUUCAAGAUACAGGAUGUUGAAUUUUUAAAAAUAAAAUUAUACAAAAUUUUCUGGAAAACCGUUUUAUUGCAUCAGAAGACUUUUCACUUUUUCAAAGCCUCAUAACCUGUAGAUUUACAAACAGAUAUCAUUUUGUAUAACACAAUUAACCUAUCAGUAUACGUCGAUUCUGAAGAAACUGUUUUUUAUUCUUCUAAAUAAUGAAAAGAGCGGUCUGAAGAAAUGGUUUUCUCGAAAAUUUAGUUAAUUUUAGCGUAGUCAAAUGUUAUUAUUUUUUUACUUACUUUUUUAGUAAGGAAUGAUUGUAUAAUUCAAAAAUUGAGAAAAAAAAAUUACAUUUCAUCAUGUGGCGAAGAAUUCAGGGAUGCAAAAAAGGUCCUUUAUCCCCUGUUGCACGCCUCUAGAGAAAACCAGAAAUCAUCCAUUCAUGUUAGAAACUGAUAAUCGUCAAACAGUUUCAAUAAGAAUCGAUCGGACGAUUCGAAAUUUAUUGACAGAAUAUCGUUUUAUUUAACUUUAACUUUAACACACUGUAGUUUGGAAAGAAUGCGUUAGCUGACAGAUCCCUAUUCCGAUAUGUAUAAUUUGACCAAAGGAAUUUCCCCUAGAGCGUUGAUAGUUAGAAAAAUAAUAAAUCUUAUUGAGCAGCUACCAGGACACUGAAAGUAUCCGUAUCGUCUACUAACAAACUGACGACCUCUUCAUGGUACCACUUGCCGUAUUUAGCACAUUACCUCUUAUCUGCCAUCUUAUCCACCCUAUGAAACCAUGAUAGUACCAACUCACAUGUUUUAGUAGUACUUCUACCAGUAUUUGACGUCUUUAUUAUUUUCUUGUUUUUUGGUUAAAAAGAUCUUAGGUGACCGGAAUUUCAUUGGUUAUAUAACUCUUUGUACCAAUGAGCCCAGUGGAAGGUUGUCAUACAACUGGUUACAGUCGUCUACCUUUCAAUAUAUUAUAUCGGUGGUAUUGCACGGCCAAGUGCAUUUACACAUCCUGCGAUGGUGACACUUUCAGCAUGUUUCGAAGACUGUAAAUGCACUCCUCUUUUACCUCCAAAACAGUCUGCUGGUGAUUUUUAAACGCCAACUUUUUUCAUCCAUGUUUUAAAUUCUUUUAGGGUGACUCUUCAAAUCUAGGUAUUCAUAAAUCCACUCAAUCGUUUGAAAGUAUAGUUAACAAUAAAUUUAUUUAGUUUUUGCGCUCUGGUCGGAUACCUAAACUAAGCUUUUCUCCUAAAUAAAUCUGAAUGUCUUAAAUCAAUCUUUACAAUAAACUUAAGUAGAUUGAUUGAAGCUAUCAUUUUAUUUAGUUGGAGUAUUCGUGGUGUGACAGGAGAUCCAAUACCAGUUUCCUGGUCUUCGUUGAAUAUGGAUUUUCGACCUAGUGUUUUUUCUAUCAAACUUCCGGUUUGGAUAUGAUGGCUAAUGGUUUUUCUAGGAACCUUUCAGCAGCUUUGUGCUUAAUAUUCCUCUUUUUACAGCUUGUAUAGCCGACACUAAGUCAAUAACAGACCACAGUGCUCAUUCGGGAGGCAUUGUGUUUAUUGUGACUAAAAAGGAACAAUUAGUACAAAGUUAAUAUUAUCUGAACCUACCUUAGUUGUAAUAAUCAGUAUACACCGUUUAACGAGUCUAAAUACUUUUUUAUCUCAAACAACUUUGUUGAACCUAAUUUUAGAAUAGUAAAACUUUUCCAAUUUCCGCUUAAGUAUAUAAUAAUGGUUUACAAAAAAUGUAAAAUACUCAAGAAUGUAGCCUAUCGUUAAUAAUAAAAUUUUAAAAUUUAGACUGUUACAGUUUUCAGUUCUUCACUGUAGCUUUAUAAAUAACAAUAAACAAGAUACAAAAGUUAAAAUUUUAGGGACAAUAAAUGUAUAUUUUCAUUGCGCAGUUAAAUUUUCUUUUUAAGUUUUCUAAUAAUUUAUUUUUUUGAAUACUGUAUAUAUAUGUACCUACGCUUUACAUUGAAGAAUAUGGUUAUGUUAAAUAAACUGUAUAAUCCA